UUGAGCCAUUAACAUGAGCGGAUAAACCUGGUUUCACGAAGGCUGUUAUGAAUUAGGGGGUGCCUGCCCUAGUCAAUGGAGUCGACAUUACCUGGCUCCAUCAACCAUUUAUUAUGGGAGAACAGUGGUCACACCAUAGAAUUUUCUAAUUAAAAUUUUUUUUUCAUGUUUAUUUAUUUUUGAGACAGAGAGAGACAGAGCAUGAACGGGGGAGGCUCAGAGAGAGGGAGACACAGAAUCUGAAGCAGGCUCCAGGCUCUGAGCUGUCAACACAGAGCCGACGCAGGGCUCGAACUCAUGGACCGCGAGAUCAUGACCUGAGCCAAAGUCGGAUGCUUAACCGACUGAGCACCCAGGCGCCCCAGCAUUUUCUAAUUUUUAAAAAGAAACAAAAACUUUCAGAUCAUGUAAAAGUUGGCAGAGAAUCUAAAAUAUUUAAACUACAGAGUGGGAAAAGGAAGUGAAAUAUUGGGACCAUAAACUUACCAUUUCCUAGCCUUGUGUAGCCUAUGUUUAGAAAACUGUCAUUCAUAAAUGUGCAUCCACAUACCCUAAAUGAAAUGCUAGCAAAUCAUAUACUCUUGGAAGAGAACUAGAUUCCUCUUUCAGAGUAGUUCGACUCAAUAUUUGUAUAUCCAAUGAUAUGAAGUAGGAUUUUGCAAAGAGGAGUAAAGGUGAAAUUUGUUAAUAAUGAAUUUGCCAUGCUAAAGAAAAUAAUGCACAUAUUAUUUCUCUCUAGAUCAUCUGGCUUUGAAUAAAACAAGCUCCUUCUGGGCAUUGACAUUAUGGCUUCUUGUGAGUUUGUAGUGGGGAUUCUCUUUCUCUUCCAGACUGGAACUGGGCUCCUAGGGAAUUCCUUCCUCCUUUAUUUCUAUUUGUUGACUUUGUUCACUAAACACACUAAGAGACCUACAGACCUAAUUCUCAACCAUUUGGCCUUAGCCAACUUUCUGAUCCUUUUCUCUAGGGGAAUCCCUCAGACACUGGCUGCUUUUUGUUUGGACAAUUUCCUGGGAGAGGCUAUGUGUAAGAUUGUCUUUUAUACUCACAGGGUGGCCCGAGGGGUUUCUCUCUGCACCACCUGCCUUUUGAGUGGCUUCCAGGCUAUUACUAUUAGUCUUAACAAUGCCAGGUGGGCAGAACUCAAACUGAGAGCUCCUAAGUUUGUUCAACCCUCCUGUUGCCUCUGUUGGAUUCUUCAUCUCCUGAUAAAUAUUGUCGUGCCAGUGAAAGUGACUCACCCAGGGAGUACUAGAAACAUUACAAAAAGGGAUUUUGGACUGUGUUCUGUCAAAGGGUCCAAUUCAUUCAUAAGCUCACUCUGUGCAUUCCUGUUUACCUUCCUUGAUAUUUUGUGUUUGGGACCCAUGGGUUGGGCCAGUGUCUCCAUAGUGCUCUUCCUGCAAAGACAUAAGCAGAGAGUCCAAUACCUUCACCACACCAGUCUCUCUCCCAGAGCCUCCCGAGAGACCACUGCCACUUUUACUGUCCUGCUUCUAGUGAGCUUGUUUGUUUCCUUUUACUUUCUGUCCUCUAUCUUAUCACUCUAUAUGACUUGCUUUGUCAACCCAAGCCUGCAGCUGGUGAACAUCGGUACGUUCCUUUCUGCUUGUUUUCCAGCUUCCAGCCCCUAUGUGCUCAUCAGCCAUGAAAUUAAAGUCUUUGUCAGUUGUAAAACAAAAAUCUCCAAAUAG